GUCAAAUGCUUUUAGCGCUCCAUUAGAUUCUACUCUUCCUUGCUUCACUUGAAUUCACUACAAAUACACGAGGUGCCUUAAAUAAUUAUUUUUCUUCCGAACAGCCAAGAGAACAAUAACUCGUAAUUUUAACCGCUGGUGUUUGAGAUAAGACGGCUAUCGCGAAGGACUGGGGAAUAUUAUGCACAUGUAUUUGCAGGAUAGCAGAAGUAGCGAUCAGCACUUCCUGAUUUACAACCGUGUUAAAAGACGCCUGCAGUCUUACAGAAAUCAUUUUUGACACAAUCUAUUCAAUUAGCUGGUCGAACAACUGUAACAAGAAUUUUGCAACUUUUAAUUAGUUAUUCUGAAUAAUUUACAAAGAGCGACAAGAGCGCGUGUUAGGGUGGGUCCAUUUUUGGCAGCUGCCUCCGGGAAUGUAUGAGUAGUAAAAGAUACAAGAAGAGUGGAUACCAAAACAUCGUGUAGUUCAGAAAGGCGCGCUACUCGAGUCAACCAUGCGAACCGAUUGGCUUCAGGAGUGAUGUUACCUCCAUACUCCAUACACACUGGUCUGAUAUCGAUCUUCAAAUGUCUUCCAUUUGUAAUUCUAGUGACACAGAUAUUGGCACUUAAGAAUGGAAUUGAUAGAGGGCCAAUAAGUUGUGACAAGGGUAAAAGUGAAAGGAUUAUUCGGGUAGAGAAAGGAGAUUUUGGUGAAAUACGAUCAGCUUUAUACCCAUCCAAUUAUUCUGUAGAUUUAUACAGUUCUUGGUGUCAGAUAGAAAUUAAAUCAUGCAGUACUUGUAAAGUUCAGUUACAGUUUGUAGAUAUUAAAUUCCCAAAAUGUGAAGAGAGAGAAGUCGAUAUACAGAACAAGUCUCGAAAAAUAUGCAUUCCAGGUUGUGAUCAUUUACAUUUACAUGAAGUAGAUUAUCCAUAUAGUGAAAUUAGUCAUAAUAAUUAUCAUAGAGGCAAAUCAAAAUAUAUAUCUAUAUCAUCUAACAUACGACUUUAUCACUGUAUGUCCAAUACAACAGUUCAAGGAGCAAAAAAAUUUAAAAUCAAAUUUGAAAUAUUAGAUAAAUAUGAAUUAAAACAAGGCAUGGUGGAUGCAUAUCAAGGUCAAAGUUCAGGUUUUGUCAUGUCUCCAAAUUUUCCAAAAGGUUAUGCCAUGAAUGGAGAGACAUUUUCAUAUCUUAUUCAAAAUUUAGAUCCUUAUGGUCAUGUACGUCUUCUAUUUGAUGAUUGGGACGUUUCACCUCAAAGUGAGGUUAAGGUUUAUGAUGGUCUGACAAUCCACUCCCCAUCAAUGGUAUUAAAUCUACAUCAUCGGCCUGUCAUGUUAUCUGAAUCCAAUACAAUAUUUAUAGUAUUUAGUACAGGACUACAUACUAAUGGCUGCUGUCAUUAUUCAGGGUUUAAAGCAGCCUACCAGUUUGUAUCAGAAAAAGUAUGGACAGACCAACCAGUUACUGAUUGUAGUGGUAUAUAUCCAAUGAAAUCUGGCAGAACCAUUGAUUUUACUGGACUCGCAUCAGCUUUUAACACAUAUUUUGACUGUGUAUGGAUAAUAAAACGUCAAACCGGCGAGAAUCAACCUGAUGGUGUUGUCUUAAGAAUGGGAGAAGUUCUUCUAGGGGAUGGUUGGAUACAAUACAGUAAAGGUAAUUAUUUAGAAAUAAGAGAAGGUGUAACAUCUGAUGCACCAGUACGAUAUAGAUAUACGGCUAAAAAUCUAACUAAAGCUUCACCAAUAUUUACUACUGGUAAUGGUUUCUAUAUACGACUACGUGGUGGUUAUUACAGUACAGAUAAACUACAAUAUAUAUAUACAAGCUAUAAAAACGUAACACCAGAGGGUUGUCCAAGUCAUUAUGAUUUUCUGUGCACUAAUUUAUUAUGUAUUGAUCAAGAAUUAAUGUGUGAUGGAAUAGAUCAUUGUGGUGAUGGCUCAGAUGAAAGUCCUAUUUUAGAUUGCUCAGUUUCAGCUCUAUGGAGAUUAAGCUUUAGAUGGUCAAUGCCAUAUGUUGCAGAGACCACAACAGAAGUGGCUUUAAAGAGAGAUAAACCAUGUUAUAAUGGUUUUAUGUGUGUAAGUGGUAGAGAAUGUAUAACUAAAUCUAAAAGAUGUGAUGGAUUAAGAGAUUGUAUUGAUGGUUCAGAUGAACAUAGAUGUUAUACAAAGUCAACAAAUGAUAGUCAGCGUCUCCAAAGAAAUGUGCUCAAUAUUUUAUCAAUAGUAUUAUUAGUUAUUAUUUUAUAGCAAAACAUCUAGCCAGUGUGACCAGAUAGCAAUUAUUUGUGAUAUUUGAAUUCUUUCAGAGUUUCGCUCAUCUGUAUGUGGCUUCUCAUACUGUGCACAUCUUAAUAUCAAACACGGCAUGAUACGUAUUUUCAAUAAUAGAUUCACCCAUUUUACUUAGUCUUAUUGAAAAUUAUUUUUGUUUGAUGUGAUUUGGAGUAGAAUAGUUCCUGUAGACAUACUAUUCCGUCCAAAUAAUAUCUAUCAUGGCAAAUUAUUUCAUUAAUCUUAAUUAACAUAUUUAAAUGUUCAUGCAUAGACAUGAUCUUAUUUAUUUUUCAUAUGUGCUUAUGUUGUAAAUAUACAUAUUAUAUAUAUAUUCAUCAUUAUAUUAAGGAUAUGUUUGUAAAUUGUGCUAAUAUGUAAAAAUGUAUAUUUUAAAUUAUGUGAUAUAAAUAUGAGUUCUGCAAAUAUGUAACAGCAUUUAAAUAUAUUAAGAAUAGCCAGUUGUGUCUCAGUAGUUAUAAUCUAUGAACAAAGGUAAAUAUUAAUGCAUGUCUUCAAUGAAUUUUGUUUUCUACCUUUUUUAAGAAGCUAAAAGCACUGGCUAAAAUCAUAUUCCUGAAGCAAUGGAGACUAGCAUUAUUAGUUCAUUAAACAUCGCUACACUUCUUUCAGAAAAGUGUUUCAUUUCCCUGAUUAAAUUUUUAAUACACUUAAUACACUAGCCUCAAGAAUUCAGAUGAACCAUAUAUUUCUGAAAUGAAAUGAAAUGAAAUGAAAUGAAAUGGGGUUUAACGUCCUACUGUUCUGCUCCUAUACUGGGCUAAUGAAGAUGGGCAUAGCCAUACAGUGUGCUAUGAGGGAAAUUUUGCACGGGCAGCGGCACUAUCGCCUACUUUUAUAUCAAAUUCCAACUGCCAAGGGAUCUUUUACGUGCAUUCUAAUGUAUACACGAGACCUCGGUUUUUCGUCUCAUCUGAAGGACUAGACAGCUGUCCUUGUCAGGCCCUCCGUCCUGCAUCACUGACAAGGGGGAACCACGCCGGAAAAUCUGGAUGAACUUUCUCGGCCAAUGCAGGGAUCGAAUUUAUUUCUGAAAAGCUUAAAGAUACAUUAUGGAAGAUUAGAUAAAGAGAUGGGAGUUCUCACUAUAAAAUUUAAAAUCUAGAUAAUGUAAAGGGAAUAUGCUGAAAAUUUCAGUCAAAUUACUUCACUAAAAGUUGAGAAAACAUUAUUUUAAAAUCACUGAAGCAUCAGUUGCCAUUGUUACCACUGUCAUGAUAAUUAACAAAGUCUUGAUUAUCCACUUUUGCGGUUAAUCAUCAACAGGCGUUGAAAAUCGGACACAGAAUUUGAUUAUGAUCUUUUUAUAUUAAUAAAUGUCUAAUUAAUAGUUUAUAUAACAUUUCAGGCCUAAAGAAAAACCUGCAAUAGACAGAGUUAGCUCUUGCAUAAUGUAUGUUUAAUCAAUGGGGUUAAUAGAAAUACAUAUUAAAAACAAUGUAUGGCGUAUGCCCAGGGGUUGGGGGGAUUGGGAAUAAGUAGGGCGUUUAACCAAAUUUCAUUCACAUUUUUAUUAUAUAGGAUUGUCAUGCUUACAUUUUGGAACAUGAUAACUUCCUGAGAAUGUUCAUUAAGUGAAUAUCUUGACUGAGUUCAGUGAUUAACAUUUUCCACUAUAGCUAAGCAAUUUCAUUGGUCGAUGCUUUGGGGCAAGAUAACUUUGAUUCUAACCGAAGGAGAGUGAUGACUGAGUUGAAUCAUGAACAUUUUCUGCUUAGUCUUAAUCUAAGAUUAGAUAAUCAGUUUGAUCGCUCGAUACAAUUCGUAAAGAUCAAUGCGCAAUUAAUUGGUAUGUGUCAUCUAUUUUUUUUUGAAUAUCUGCGGGGGACAUACACCUCACUGUUGGCUUGUUUUUCUACAUAAUGGUGUCUUGAUAAUCAUUUGUGCACAUGAUAAUAAACUUUUUUUUAAAGUGA